AAAUUAAAUCUUCCCCUUUGAUCUCCUCCACCUAAUAAAUAAACAAACCAAGAAACCCUCCUUCUCAUUGCCUUCUCUCUCUCCCAACGAAAGCUAAGACUCCCAUAGCAGGAGUACUACUAGUCUUUGCAUCUUUUCAAUGGCCUCCGGUGACUCAGAAAUCAUCCACAAGUUCCAUUUCUUCGAUGUCUACAAAGACGGUCGUGUGGUGCUACACCGCCCCUUCUCGGAGAAAAUCCCACCCUCCGAUGACCCGAUCACCGGUGUCCGAUCAAAGGACGUCAUCAUAUCAACCAAACCCCCGGUAUCCGCCCGUAUCUUUCUACCCAAAUCCGCUGACACGACCCAGAAACUCCCUGUCCUAUUCUACGUGCAUGGUGGUGGUUUCUGCAUGCUAUCCGCUUUCUCUCCCCAUUACCAUAGUUUCCUCAACAACUUUGUCGCGGAAGCUAAUGUCAUCGCAGUCUCAGUCGAGUACGGACUAUUCCCGACUCGACCAAUACCUGCUUGUUACGAGGACUCGUGGGCCGGGCUCCAGUGGGUGGCAUCCCAUAGUAACAGAAACGGACCGGAGCCAUGGUUGAAUGAUCACGCGGAUUUUCAACGAGUUUUUGUUGGGGGAGAUAGUGCUGGAGGGAACAUAUCACAUACUUUGGCGUUUCGGGUCGGGACGAUCGGGUUACCCGGCGUGAAGCUAGUUGGGGCGGUACUGGUUCACCCAUAUUUUGGAGGUACGGAAGAUGAUCAAAUGUGGCUAUACAUGUGUCCAACAAACAGUGGGUUGGAGGAUCCUAGGAUGAACCCGAAUGCAGGGGAUCUAGCCAGGUUGGGGUGUGAGAGGGUGUUGAUUUUUGUGGCUGAGAAGGACCACUUGAGGGAUCCGGGUAAGCGUUACUAUGAGAAAUUGAAGAAAAGCGGGUGGGUAGGAUCCGUGGAGCUGGUAGAGAAUUUAGGGGAGGAGCACUGCUUCCAUUUGCAUAAACCCGAGUAUGAAAAGGCUGUGGAUUUGUUUACAAAAUUCGUUUCGUUUGUUAAACAAGACUAGAUAUGUGGUCGAUCUUUACUCUUUAGCGUGGGAUUUUCAAAUGUAACGUUCAUUAAAUAAAAUGUAAUUUUCAAAUUUCGAUCUUUUCUAUUUCAAAUAAAAUGAAUAAUAUUUAUUUUAUGGUAAA